AUGCCGAUAGGAAAAAUCUCGCCGCCAAUUAUCAAUCAAAAACAACCAGAGAAUACACCAAUAUCAGGCCAAACAGCAUGGAUCGCAACAUUUAAACGCCUAUUUAAAGUAGCCAAUACACGAUACGCAUUUCUAUGGUUGACCGGUGGAAUUCUAUUUGCUGCAUGUAUUAAACCAGCUAUAAAACGACGUGAUGAAGAAUUGAUGAUCGAGGAUGUUAAACAUUAUUUAGAAAAUAAACAACGAAAAGAUUCAGCAUAG